AUGUCUAACAAGAUCGUCAUCGUUGGUGCUGGGUUCGCCGGUGUAUGGAGUGCUUUAUCGGCCAAACGCCUCGCCAGGCUUACAAACAAGGAGGACAACCUUCAGGUACUAGUCAUUGCUCCUGAGUCAUCUUUGAUCAUGCGUCCUAGACUCUAUGAGGCCAACCCGUCCGAAAUGUCUCAUCCGCUUGGAUCUCUUUUCAAGUCUGCAGGAAUAGACUUUCUCGAAGGCACUGCGGAGAAAAUCCAUGCCUUGAGACACACCGUCCAAUUCCGAUCUUCCGAGGGCAUCGAAGCAACUAUCAACUAUGACCGUCUCAUUCUAGCAGCCGGGAGCUCUGUCGUGCGACCUCAUGGAAUCAGCGGAAUCGAGCAAAAUGCAUUUGAUGUUGAUUCCCUGAGCUCUGCCACUAAGCUGGAAGCUCAUCUCAGAAAUCUGGCUUCACUUCCGGCAAGCCCUGCCCGUAGCACAGUCGUGGUGUGCGGUGCAGGGUUUACGGGAAUUGAAGUCGCAACCGAGCUACCUAGGCGUCUACAUCAUAUUCCAGACUAUCGCAUUGUAUUGGUUGAAAAUGCAAAUGAAGUUGGACCGGGGCUUGGGCCAGGUCCGCGUCCUAUCAUAUCUGAAGCCCUGAAUGAGCUGGGAGUCGAAGUUAAGCUGGGAUCUGCGGUGGCAGCGAUCGAUGCUGACAGCGUUACUCUUGCCUCCGGUGAGCGUAUCAAAACAAAGACUGCUAUCUGGACUGCUGGUAUAAGAGCAACGCCUCUGACACAUCAAGUCCCCGGUGAACGGGAUCCCUUAUCUCGCCUUCGCGUUGACCAAAAUCUUCGCGUUCCAUCGGCCCCCGAUGUAUUUGCUACAGGUGAUGCGGCUUGCGCGUUUGCUGAUGAUAAGGGUCAUCAUGCUUUGAUGUCGUGCCAGCAUGCUCUUCAGCUUGGCCGUGUAUCUGGCCAUAAUGCGGCAGCCGAUCUCCUCGGCGAGCCGUUGAUGGAUUACGUGCAAGCUGCAUACAAUUGCUGUCUCGAUCUUGGAGCUUGGGGUGCCGUGAUUGCGGGAGGAUGGGAAAAAGAAGUGAAGGUGACAGGGGAUUUGGCAAAGCGGGUUAAGUGCCAUAUUAAUCAGAAGUUGAUAUAUCCUCCCGAGGACGUUCAGCAGGCACUAGAGUGGGCCAACCCAAUCGGUCCUGAUUCGGACCAGCUAAUGCAGCAGAUACUGGAAGCUGUGGCAUAG